AUGAAGUUUCCUCAGAAUUUGCUGUGUGAUUCAGAGGCUGUCAUGACCCGGAAGGUGUCUCAGAAUGAAUCUGAGAAGGAGGAUUGGGAUCCGGUGGAGUCCAUUGUUCAGAUGUUGAGUGAGAUGUUUAAGUCCCAGGAGAACACACUGCAAGGCUCCGUGGAGGAACAAGAGAAAGAGCUUUCUGAAACACACCCCGAGUCUGAUGAAAUGAGGGCAGAAGACUGGGAAGUGAUAGAGUCCAUUGUUCUGCAGUUGAGUGAGAUUUUUGAACCACUGUCCCAGGAGAACACACUGCGAGGCUCAGUAGAGGAGCAGGAGGAAGUGCUUUCUGAGACCCACACAGAGUCUGAUGACAUGAGGGCAUCUGAGGCUGAAUCUGAGAAGGAAGAUUGGGAUACGAUGGAGGUGAUUGUUCAGCUGGAGAGUGAGAUGUUUGAGCCGCCGUCCCAGGAGAACACACUGCAGGGCUCGGUGAAGCAGGAGAAGGAAGAGCUCUCUGAGACACACACCGAGUCUGAGGAUAUGUGGGUGUCUCAGACUGAAUCGGAGAAGGAAGAUUGGGAUACGAUGGAGUCCAUUGUUCACCUGGAGAGUGAGAUGUUUGAGCCGCCGUCCCAGGAGAACACACUGCAGGGCUCAGUGAAGCAGGAGGAGGACGAGCUCUCUGAGACACCCACCGAGUCUGAUGACAUGAGGGACUCUUGGGUGAGGAUAGAUUUGAGAAGACGAUGGAGAACAAUAAUGAACUGGAGAAGAUCUUCUACCUGAUGUCCAACAUUUUCACACUGCUAGAGGAGCUCUCUCUGAGCCAGGUUACUUGU